GGGUGCGUGCCACCGGCCCUACCCCGGAUCGAUCGAUCGAUCGGGCCGGUGAUCGGUAACAGCCGAGCGGGUCCCGGCGGAGGAGAGAUGCGUUGCCUAGUAACAGAGGCAGGCCGGGCGUGGGUCUGAAUGAACGUCUCCGGCUUCAACGGAUGUGCCCGUAGUCGACGCCGAGGGUGAAGCAGCCGCGAUGCCGUGUUCGUGUGCAGAGUGGCGGAGGUGGAUCCGCCCGCUGGUUCUGGUCCUCUACGCUCUCCUGCUGGUGGCCGUGCUGCCGCUCUGCGUCUGGGAGCUGCGGAAAGACAAGGUUGGGACUCACAGUAAAGCCUGGUUCAUAGCCGGCGUGUUCGUCUUUCUGACGAUCCCUGUCUCACUGUGGGGCAUCCUGCAGCAUAUGGUGCACUACACCCAGCCUGAGCUGCAGAAACCGAUCAUCAGAAUACUAUGGAUGGUGCCCAUCUACAGUUUGGACAGUUGGCUGGCGCUGCGCUACCCCAGCCUGGCCAUCUACGUGGACACGUGCAGGGAGUGCUACGAGGCCUACGUCAUCUACAACUUCCUGGUGUUCCUGCUGAACUUCCUCAGUAACCAGUACCCCAGCCUGGUGCUCAUGCUGGAGGUCCAGCAGCAGCAGCAGCACCUGCCCCCGCUGUGCUGCUGCCCGCCGUGGCCCAUGGGAGAGGUGCUGCUGUUCAGGUGUAAACUGGGAGUCCUCCAGUACACUGUGGUCAGACCCGUCACCACGGUGAUAGCGCUGAUCUGUCAGCUCUGCGGGGUUUAUGACGAAGCCAACUUCAGCUUCCGAAACGCCUGGUCCUACCUGGUCAUAAUCAACAACAUAUCUCAGCUGUUUGCCAUGUACUGUCUGGUGUUGCUGUACCGAGCUCUUAAAGAGGAGCUGACUCCCAUCAGGCCCGUGGGCAAGUUCCUCUGCGUCAAACUGGUGGUCUUCGUCUCCUUCUGGCAGGCUGUUUUAAUAGCGUUCCUGGUGAAGGUCGGUGUGAUCUCCGACAAACACACCUGGGACUGGGACAGCGUUGAGGCCGUGGCUACUGGACUGCAGGACUUCAUCAUCUGCAUAGAGAUGUUCCUGGCUGCCAUUGCUCACCACUACACCUUCACCUACAAGCCCUAUGUACAGGAGGCAGAGGAGGGGUCGUGCUUCGACAGCUUUCUGGCCAUGUGGGAUUUCUCAGAUAUUAGAGCUGAUGUCACAGAGCGUCGGCAUGUCGGUCGUACGUUCCUGGGACGCCCAAACAAGAUCUAUUUUGGUGCGGCAACUCGACCUGAACACACCGAACACACCGGCCUCCUCACAGCGAAUUCCCAGGACCCCCUCGCAGUGGCAGCCACAUCGAUGCCCUCCUCCCCUUCAUCGAGUGGCCGGUACCAAGGCCUCGGCCACACGCCCGCCCCUCACUCCAUCUCGGCUCCUGCAGGGUUCACCUCCUCGUCCUGGGAGGAUGACAGCGACAACUCGCCUCCGCGGGCGUGUGGAGUCCCAUAACAGGUUGAACACCACUGCGAACGCACAUCCCGUGGUGCGACUGUGAUGCGCUUCGUGGUUAUGGACAAAGAAACUCCCGGAUUCUGUAUUAAAGCCAGAAUAAAAAUUUAAAAUGAACUCUGGUUUUUCCAAAUGUAUGAAAAAGAAGCUAAUUCAAUCUAAUUCAAGACUGGGCACAGAGAGGGAAACGGUCUGCACUCUGUGAUGUCAAAGCCAUGUUUGUUGGGAAACUACGGUAAAAUUUGAAUUACCCAGUUUUAAAUGUUUGAAAUCUGUAUUUUGAUGUCAAAUGAUGUCCUGUUGAUAAAUGUACCUGUAGCUGUUGAAAGGAAAUGGAUUCAUCAUAAGGGGAGCCGGUUGCUGUCUUGGUUUUACACUCCACACUCUGUUGCUGAAGUGUCAUUGAGCCUGGGUUUGACUAUUUGCUUCGCUAAUUCACAAUAAAUCAACAUGUCAUAUCUAAUCCCCUGGAACUGUGUCGUUGCUAUCAUAAGAGCGUUCCCACUGCUCCAAUAACUCAGGACAGAGGCGCCAACAUACUGCCCUCCAAGGGAGAGUGAGUUUUGUUUUUAGACAGAACCAAAAUCCCAAACCACACAUUUGCCUCAAAGGCCUUCUACCCUUUAGAUCCUCCAUUUGGAUAAGGAAGCUUCAACUUCCGCAAAUUGUUUUUUAGUGUUUGUUUUUCUGAAAUGAGGCUUUUGAGGUUUU